UUCCGCUUCAACAUGGACACAGAGGGCGGAACGAUGUCGAGUACGUGGCGAGGUUCACGAGCAAAUAUCAGCUUUUAACACUUGAUAAAGAAACAGCGAUAAGAAGAAACUCAGGACAAAGAUCACAAACUCUGUUUAUCAACACUGUAACUAAGGUCUCAUCCAGACUGUGAAUAUUUAAAGACUCACACUCAGUCUCUAUAAGAAACUUCAGUCAUGUCUGUUGGAGUAAUGAAAGCCGUCGUGGCAGUCCGGGGUCCCGGUGAUGGUAUGGAGACCGAUAAACCGACGGUGGCCCCUGAGAGCCCCACAGAGACCCCGCUUUUAAAGAUCAUCACACCCAAGCACAGUCCACGAAUCCAUGCGGCGUCACCUGGAGUCUUACACCUGGGGAAGGUGAGCAGGGAAUCUUGUACAGAGGUGGAGGCCGUGAGGAUUGUGGUUCCCAGAGCCGCCAUCAGCCGGAGUAGUCGUGUGGGAUCUCACACUGAUGGUAAAGGUGAAGAUAAAGGAUCACCACUGCACGGAGAUGAGCGGCCACCUUCUCCAGAACCCCUGGAUUACAGGAGCGCCAUGGAGAAACUCCAGAACUCGGAACGUCGCCUGUUACAGGAUAAAGAAGGUCUAUUAAACCAGCUCCGAGUGCAGACAGAGGUAAACCGUGAGCUGAAGAAGCUGCUGGUGGCGUCUGUUGGUGAUGAUCUUCAGUAUCACUUUGAGCGUCUGGCACGAGAGAAAAACCAGCUGAUCCUGGAGAACGAGGUUCUGGGACGUAACCUGGCACACACGGCCGAACAGCUGGAGCGCAUGAGCAUUCAAUGUGACGUCUGGAGGAGCAAGUUCCUCGCCAGCCGAGUGAUGGCAGAAGAACUGACCAAUGCCAGAGCGGCUCAACAUCGUCAGACCAGAGAGGCUCAAUGUGCCAUUCAGGAUCUAUUGAGAGAAAGAGAGGAGUUCUCCAGAGACAUGACCCACACACACAGAUCACUGGAGCAGCUGUUGGUGUCACUGCAGUGGGGUCGACAGCAGACGUAUUACCCCAGCGCACAGCCUCUCAGCACCGGCGAGCUCGCUGCAGCCAAUCACAAGCUCGCAGAUGCCAUCAAUGCACAUCUGCUGGGUAACGUGGGUGACAGCAGAAUGAAGAAGAGCCAGAGCUCAGAAAUCUGCACCACACCAGCAGAGAAAAUGGCAGAGAAGGUUCUCCGCAAUCUGGAUCUCACAACCUGUUCAGAGAACGGGGCUGAUGCUUCCACAUCUGAUCCUGUACAUUCACCUUUCCUGCCCAAUAAGAAAAGCAUCGGACGUUUCCACCCGUACACCCGCUACGAGAACAUCACAUUUAACUGCUGCGAGCGCUGUAGUGGAGAACUCAUCGUCCUCUAGACGUUUCGCUCUGUGUUCAGUCUUAUCUACAGUCUGUUAUUUUCUUAUCAUUAUUAAAAAUAUUAGAAGAUAAAACUCACACAGUGUGACUGACCUGGUCUGACAUCUCUUGAGCUCUUUAUUUGAGGUUUCUUGAAGCAUAUAAGAGAUGGAUUUACAGUUUACACUGAGACAAUCUAGGUACUCUGAAAGAGAGAACGUCUUUUGUGACAGUUUUUAAGUUUUAUCUGAGCUCUGAGUGAAACAAAGAGCAUCUCAACAGAGAUAAUAGAGACAACUUCUCAACAGAUUCACUUGAAGCUCUGACCUGCAGAGAUCUGUCUGAGAUUGUGUCUUCAUGUCAGUGUGUAAAUGUCAAGGGUCAAGUGAGCAGGAAACUAAUGCAGUAAUUCUCCAAACACACACGUGAGUCUUUCUCUGAUGAAACACAAGCAGAUGUUUUUACACUGAUCUUAAUACAGGAAUAGAAUCUGCAGUGAGAAGGUUUUGAGACCCAAAUAUUGAUUUGAGUAAUUGAGGUGUACCUGUUAAGACUGCUGAGGGUGCAGUGUUAGAAAGAUUAAAGUGUAUUUUGAGAUUCAGAAGAUGUGUUUAGUUUAGUAAAAACUGAUGUUCUGAACAUGACGAGAUGUAUUUAUAAUGGAGUGUUGUUAGCUAAUGAUUCUCAUGAAGUGAAAAGAUAUAUGAUGCAGGUAAAUGAAAUCUGUGUGUCUGUAUUUGCACUGAAGUUACGGUUUAUCUGCAGUGAUGUCAAAAUGCUUUUAAUAUUUCACAAAUGAACAAAAUACAUUUUUUGAAGUGAA